GACAGGUCCUCCAGCCCUUUGGUCAUCUUUAACACAUGCAAGGUGCUGGCAGUGAGAGACAGAUCAGGAUCGGUGGAGGCCAAGUCAGAGGACUCAAAUCCCAGUGGUGGCGGCCCCCACCUCCAGCAUGUCAGUGACCGUUUCCUAGGUGAUUUAGCCUUGGAAUCUAAUCCAUCUGAUCAUCUCAGAGCAAAUAUAAUCUUCCUGGGCAAGUCUCAAACAGGUGUGCAAGAGUAGAGAAGGAAUAAUGACAUUAACGAUGUUUAUCCUGGGCAGCUAAUAAAAAUACGUAGUUUGUGCUUAGCAAUGUUUAUAGACAACUGCACGGUCAGUCAACCUCAUCUUAGAAGCACAAUGAAGUGCAAAAUUAAAUAUUCUGCCAUAAAAAGAGAUGGAUUGGAUAUUUUUGAGGAAAACUCUCAUCCUCUCACACAAGAAGUUCCAGAUGACUACUGCAAGCAUGGCCCUGCUCACAGGCACAUCUACUGGUUUGCUGGGAUACUUUUCAAUGCCACACAGCUGACAGCUGAAUGUGAUUUGAUUUAUUUGGAAAGGCUUUUAACCUGUGUAGAGAUUGAUAAACGCCUUAGUAACUGUAAGAGGAUAGUCCUAGUGUCAAUGG